UCUUAUGGAAUACAGUUGUAGUUUUCCAUGAUAUUGUAUUCAACCAAAGUUCAGCAAAGGAAGAAAGUCAGCUUUUCACGCGUAGAUUUCAAAAACGCAUCUGUAUUUUCAUAAUAUUAUGGCAGUGAUGAUCAUAAUAAUCAAUCAUCCAAUCAUAUUGGUGCUUUUCAUUAACAAAGGUGGAGAGAGCGGAGUUUAUGAUGAUUCUUCCUUUGGCCUUUUUGGAAACUUUUACUGAAAAGAAGAAUUCAACCAACUAACCAGGCGUUAAACUCAAUUUCUGGCAGAUUGUUUUAUUAUUUUUGCCCAGUGUUUCUAACCAAUCUCCGAUUUUGGGCUGUAUUCGUUCGUCCAGUAUGAGAAUGACCUAAAGUGCUACUUUUUUUUUUUUUUUUUGUCCCGUCGUCAAGUCAUUUGUAUGCACUUCGCAGCCAGAAGAUUCAAGAUUGUCUCCUGUUCGUAACCCGAAUGGCAUUCGGAGCAGCGGGCUCAUUUCCAGCUCUUGAGUGUCGUGUAACGAUUGGGCCAAGUGGCCGUCUGCCCACAGCCGCCAUGUGCCUUCGGAACUCUCGGGAUAGCAGGGGAGGUGCUCUGGGUGGGUCUCUCAUGAUUAAUGUAUAACCCUGCUUGCUUUCCUAUAUUUGCCGUCGGAUGUGGACCGUGCACAGGAGCACUCGAGCAGGGGAGAAACCCGACAUGUUUUUUUUUCCUCCCCCCCUUCCAAGUUGAUUGUUUUUGCACAAUAAGCGGUGCACGUGUAUUAUUGUUUCCUGGACUGAACAUGUGACACCUUUUUUUUUUUUUUGCCGGAGUGGGCGUGAAUGUAAACUUCGGGGACACUUUUUUGGGGAAAAAAAAAAUGCAACUUUGGACCCCUUCAAGUUAAGAGCACGUGGAUGUAAAAUGAAUGGAGAGGAAAUGUAUGGAGUUUAAGAAGCCUUAAAGUUUGCCGAAACUACUGAUUCGGGCAGACAUUUGCAUUUGAAUGCACCCUAAAUAGCGUUUAAAAAAAAAAAAAAAAGAGAGGAAAGCUAAGGGGUGAGAUGGAGCAAGGCAAAGUGGGCACGCAGCCGUCGGUGGCCGGCGGCGGCGUGGGAGCCGCCGGCGUGAGUGCAAAGGCGCCCAAACAUCUGUGGAGGCAGCAGAACCAGGCUGCGCUCUCGCCGCUCCAUCACGCUCUCCUAGUGCGCAAGAGCCACCAGCGCGUCAGACAGCGAGGCUUCUCCGACACCGAGCGGUACCUCAGCCCCCUCAACAUGGACCGGACGUACGCCGUGGACACGGGACACCGACCCGGACUGAAGAAAUCGCGCAUGUCGUGGCCGUCGUCCUUUCAAGGUCUUCGACGUUUCGACGUGGACAAUGGAACUUCGUCAGGUCGCAGCCCGCUGGACCCGAUGGCCAGUCCCGGAUCGGGUCUCAUCCUGCAGGCCAACUUCGUCCACAGCCAGAGGAGGGAGUCGUUCCUGUACCGCUCGGACAGCGACUACGACCUCUCGCCCAAGUCCAUGUCCCGAAACUCCUCCAUCGCCAGCGACAUCCAUGGUGACGACAUGAUUGUAACACCAUUUGCACAGGUCCUCGCCAGCCUAAGAACUGUACGGAAUAACUUUGGCGCGUUAACCAACCUGCAGCAAGACAGAGCGUCGAAUAAGAGAUCACCCAUGUGCAACCCACCACCCAUCACCAAGACAACCUUUACAGAGGAGGCCUACCAGAAACUGGCCACUGAGACUCUGGAGGAGCUAGACUGGUGCCUGGACCAGCUGGAGACCCUGCAGACCAGACAUUCAGUCAGCGAGAUGGCCUCCAAUAAGUUCAAGAGGAUGCUGAACAGGGAACUGACUCACCUCUCGGAGAUGAGUCGCUCUGGAAAUCAAGUGUCGGAGUUCAUCUCCAGCACCUUCCUAGACAAGCAGCACGAAGUGGAGAUGCCGUCGCCUCAGUCUCAGAAGGACAAGGAGAAGAAGAACAAGCCCAUGUCUCAGAUCAGCGGCGUGAAGAAGCUGCAGCACUCGUCCAGCCUCACCAACUCCAACAUCCCUCGCUUCGGCGUCAAGACGGAGACCGAGGACGAGCUGGGCAAGGAGCUGGAACACGUGAACAAAUGGGGCCUUAACGUUUUUAAGAUCUCGGAAUUCUCUGGGAAUCGGCCACUGACAGUCAUGAUGUACACCAUCUUCCAGGAGCGAGACUUGUUGAAAACGUUCAAAAUCCCGCUGGACACCUUCAUCACCUACCUGAUGACCUUAGAGGACCACUACCACGGCGACGUGGCCUACCACAACAACAUCCACGCCGCCGACGUCACCCAAUCCACCCACGUGCUGCUAUCCACGCCGGCGCUCGAGGCGGUGUUCACGGACCUGGAGAUCCUGGCCGCCAUCUUUGCCAGCGCCAUUCACGACGUGGACCACCCGGGAGUGUCUAAUCAGUUCCUCAUCAACACCAACUCGGAGCUGGCGUUGAUGUACAACGACGCCUCGGUGCUGGAGAACCAUCACCUGGCCGUGGGCUUCAAGCUUCUGCAGGAGGAGAACUGCGACAUCUUCCAGAACCUCACCAAAAAACAACGACAAUCACUGCGAAAGAUGGUCAUCGACAUUGUUUUGGCGACUGACAUGUCCAAGCACAUGAAUUUACUUGCGGACCUGAAAACCAUGGUGGAAACCAAAAAAGUGACCAGCUCGGGAGUCUUGCUGCUGGACAACUACUCGGACAGGAUACAGGUCCUGCAAAACAUGGUGCACUGCGCCGACCUGAGCAACCCCACCAAGCCCCUGCAGCUCUACAGGCAGUGGACCGACCGCAUCAUGGAGGAGUUCUUCAGCCAGGGUGACCGCGAGAGGGAGCGAGGCAUGGAGAUCAGCCCCAUGUGCGACAAACACAACGCCUCCGUCGAAAAAAGCCAGGUCGGCUUCAUCGACUACAUCGUACACCCCCUGUGGGAGACGUGGGCCGACCUGGUGCAUCCGGACGCUCAGGACAUUUUGGACAUGCUGGAGGACAACCGGGAGUGGUACCAAAGCACCAUCCCCCAAAGCCCCUCGCCCGCCCUGGACGAGGCCGAGGACGGCGGGCGGCACCCGGGCGGGGACAAGUUCCAGUUCGAGCUGACGCUGGAGGAGGACGGCGAGUCGGACACGGAGAAAGACAGCGGCAGCCAGCCGGAGGAGGAAGACGAAGAGGAGGAGGAGGAGGAGGAGGAGGAGGAAGAGGACGAGGGGGAAAAAAGCUGUACGGACUCCAAAACGCUUUGCACGCAGGACUCGGAAUGCACUGAAAUUCCAUUGGACGAGCAGGUGGCGGAGGAAGAGGAGGUAGCGGACGAGGGGGACACUUCCUGCUCACAGACGUGCGUCGCCGAGGACGGAGAAGAAGAGGAGGUGCUCGCGGAGGACAAGGAAGAAGAAGAGGAGGACGAGCAGGACGCAAAAACUCCUGACACAUAGCAGAGUAGGACGUGGUGAACUGUUCUUCUUAGUAAUGAUUAUUUAUAGAAUUUUUACUUUUGGCGGGGUGGGGGUGGGAGGGUGAGGUGUUCUGUCUUAUUUUUAUGUUCCCCGUCCCCCCGGCUCAGACAUCCCCUCGUAAGCCUGUUCUAGACUGGACCGCGCGAGCAAAACCUGAUGUGGGGCGGGGGGGUUGGAUUUGCCCACGUACUCCCGCCGGGCCGUCGGAACCGUACUCGAGUCCGCUUGACUCCAGAACGUUUGGUUCCGAUGCGUCCCCGAGUUCGGUUUCGAGAAAUCUGACCGGAUGGGCCCGGCACGGUUGGUUGUAGCCGUCUAAAUCCACGGUGCAAAAAUCAAACGUGAGGCCAAACCUACACAAUAUACGUGUCGGGCAGUAUUUUGUAUCAAAACAAUCAUCUUGGCGGUUAUUCGUGAUAACUGGAAUUGAAAAGAAAAAAGUCCACAACACACCCUCUCAUGAUCGCCGUCUCUCCUCUUGACAGCGACUCGCCAUCGGCGGUGAUGGCGAGUCGCCUUGCACAAUACAAAUGAACAGAAUGACUAAAAAUAAAGAGAAAAUAAACGCGCAAUAUGGAUGACGAAAUCAACAGAAACAAGUCAAUCUAUUCCAGUCACCCCCCCCCCAAAAAAAAAGUCCACAACACAGCACUUUGUCAUAUGAUUUCACUGAGGAAAAAAAAAGAUCUUCUCAAAAGACAAAACUGUCUGGAAAUAAGUACAAUAUCAUGUUUUCAUGAGAUAUAAAACAAAUUUAUGGAAUCAAAUAUGUGCCACGGUGGAUCAGCUGGAAAAGCAUUGACCGCACAGUUCUGAGGUCCCGGGUUUGAUCCCGUCCCCGCCUGUGUGGAGUUUGCAUGUUCUCCCCGUGCCUGCGUGGCUUUUCUCCGGGCGGGCACUCCGGUUUCCUCCCACAUCCCGAAAACAUGCGACAUUAAUUGGACACUCUAAAAUUGCCCCUAAGUGUGAUUGUGAGUGCGGCUGUUUUCUCUCCAUGUGCCCUGCGAUUGGCUGGCGACCAGUUCAGGGCGUACCCCACGGUCCUGCCCGUUGACAGCUCGGAUAGGCUCCAGUCCUUCCUGAGACCCUUGUGAGGAUAAGCGGCAAAGAAAAUGGAUGGAUGGAUGGAUGUAAAGUGAUCACAUUUUCAAUAGUUGCUACAAUUCACUGUCUAAAAUUCACCGUCCGUGCCACCAGGGAGAACAGCCAGCCAAUCGCAGUCACGUGACAUCACGUGACUAAGAAGGCGAAACUGGAUUGGCUGGCUGUUUGGUUCUGACCUGAAGUAACCCUGCCUGGUGGAAUUUCAGACAGCGAAUUGUAGCCGGUUGAAUUGUUAACAUUGAAAAGUUACAACAUACAAAAUACAACUAUUGAAAAUGUGAUGACAUUACAUUUCAAACUCAAAUUUUUUGUGGCAUUUGAAAUUCCAAUCCUGGUGGCACGUAUUGACUUCCACACAAAUUAACGUUGGUAAAAUUUUGCAGCGUACGCCGUCGCUCCCCUUUCGUGAUGACCGCCGCAUUGCACAUAGGAAAUAAAGACGAGGCGAGAGAUUCCUCAGACGAGCCCGGCCCGCUUUCAAACAGCCUCGCGCGUCAGUGUAGAACAGGCUUCGGGCGCACCUCCGUCCACUUGUGAGCUCCGCGCCAACGUCCCACCCGCACGUCUGCUUCAAACAGGCCGACUCCCCCGACCCCGGUACUCGCUCACUUUUUGUUUGUUUUGCACUCAGGAUAACUUUGUAUUCCUGUUCACAUGGAGGUGCCGUGUUCCCCCGAUCCAUCCCGUCUUGUCCCGUGGCGGGCGUUGUUUGCGCGUGCGACAGAAGAGCGAAAAAGACGGCCUUUCGAAACACAUUACGGAUGUGGAAGUCUUCCUUGGAAAGCGGAGCGAUGCUGUCAUCUUCUGAUAUUUUCUACAUAUUCUUUUAACCGGACGAGUGCGUAUGUGUGUUUUUUUUCCUUUUUUUUUUUGGGGGGGGGGGUGCGUAUGUGUUUGUGGGACUCUUCUGGGGUGUUUGCACUUGCUCCGAUAGCAUUUAUACUCCUUAAUCUACUCCCACUCGGCUAACUUGGUAGGACUAACUAUGACUUUUUAUUUUGACCAUGGAGAAAGUGAACUUCAAAAAAACAAAACAAAAAAAAUGUUGAAGUUGGUUGAAGCCUUUAAAUAUUAUUGUUGCCUACAGUUCUUUUAGAACACAUCCUGAAACAAUGCAAUGCUUUGUAGUCCAUACAACAACAACAAAAAAAGCACCUUUUUCUUUUCUGUCUUUUUUUUUCAUUUUUUAUUUUUUAUUGUAGACUAGUGCCCUACACAACUAGAAACCAUGCUUUAUGGUUAACGGGGUGAUUUAUGUUUUUUUUUUAUUGGUUUGUUGCUGUACCACUUCCUGUCUGUUUUGCUGUUAUUUUACUUCUGGUGCACUGACACCUUCAUGUGUCACCUAUUUUUUUUUUUUUUCAUUUUUUGUUGCCUUUUUUUUAUCCCAUUCAUGUUGUAUUCCAUUUGUUGUUUUCUUCCAUUUCAUUUUUUUCAUCUUCAUUUUUUAUUAACUUAAUUUCUUUUUCUUUUUUUUGUUUUAAUUUAGUUAUUCCCGUUAUAUUAGUAUGUUGAUUCAAUUUUAUUGUGUUUUUAUUCAAUUUUUUUUGUUUUUAGUUUGUUGCCUUUCUUUUAUGUUGAUUAACUUUUUAUUUUCAUUGUUUUUUUCCCCAGUUGGUUCUCUUUUUAAUUUAUUUGAUUCCCUUUUACUCUAACAUGCCAAGGUCUCAUGCACUCAUUUCAAAAUUUUUUAAACGCUUUUUUCCUCCCGCUUACACACAUUUAUUGCAAUAUUUGGUAUUUUCCCUCCAUUCAUUUGUAUCAUUUGAAGGUGGUACAGUAAAUCAGUGGUUGCAACACAGACGGGCUUGCCAGUUCAAAGAUCCAAAUAUGAAGUUUUGUUUUUCUUCUUUGAUGUACAUAACGUCUAAACAACAGUUACCCAAAAAAAAAGAAAGGAAAAAAAAACACACACUUGAAGACUACACACUGAUUUUUUUUUUCAAGUUAUGUUUUUUUUUUAAAUCUCUCAUUUUUGUGCCAAAUUUAUUUUCUCCUCUAUUUUAUUCUCACGCUCACCCAAUGCCCUUACCUGUAAUACGAUCUUUUUGAGUUUAAAUUGCUGUUUACAAACAUGAUAUUUAUUGUUGUAUAUAUACUAUAUAGUUAUUAUGAUUAAUGUUAUUACUAUCAUAACGCCGUUUGUUGUAAAUGGUCCACUCUUAAUCAUCCCUUUUGGUGAUGGUGUGGCUGGAAUCACGUACCUCUUGUUGAGAGAAUGUGUUUUGAGACAGAAAAAAAAAAAAAAUAAUAAUGAAUUUUUUUUUUUUUUAUGGUUGCUUGGGGAGGGGGAGCUCACCGAGGGCGGUAUAAGCCAAAUUAUUUUCUAAAAAAAAGCAACUGUUCGUUGGCCCAUGGGCUGUGCCUUAAAUUCAACACUCUCUGUCGCCCUUUUUCUUUCUUCUGCUGCUGCAUUAGCGACGGACGGUGGCCUAGAAGGACCAAGUUGCAAAACUGAAAACAAAUGUUCCUGUUUAGUGAGGCUGCAAUCGUAGCGUAACGGACAAAACUAUUAUGAGAUAAAAGUCACCGUUCAGUGAUUGCAUGAUAACUCGUUUACUGAAGGAGGGAAAACUUGAGCAUACAUUUGAAUUAUAUUAUUUUUGAAAAAAAAAAAUCAACAAACACAAAUUGGUAUUUACGACAAUGUGAGAUGGCGAUAAUGUAGUAAUAGAUUUUUUGUUGCAUUGUUGUGGCGUGGCGCUUCGUCAAAACGAAAUGGAAUGACGAGUAGCGGAAUGCCAAAUGUACAAAAUUACAUUGAGUGAAAUGUGUUUUUAUCCAUUAAUGCUUUUGAGAAAUAUGUACGGGAUAAGACAUGAUAGUCAACAAUGUUGAUUAGAAUAAAGUAACAACGACAAGUCAAGUCAAGUAGAAUCUUGAAUCUUAAAAAUCAGGUAAAGUACAACAACAAACAUUGCGACGUGAUUGAGUCCAAUGUAUUCACAAUACACAUUUACAAUAUUUAUGAAAACUAAGUAACGACAGUAGCCUCUGUCCUUGGCAAUAUUCACAAUAGCGAAACAUUGUAACGGGAUGUUAAAAUAAAUGUGUAGUAAACCAUUUUCAUCCUUGAAUUGGGCUAAAACGAGCUGCAACGCACUGCAACACUUUUAGAAACGUCGAUUAGCGCUUGUGAAAUCUUUGCUCAUUGUCCAAAUAUGAAAGUCGUAUCGUCCUUAACAGCGGUAAUAACAAUGUAAUAGAGCAUUGCUUUGGUUCAUCCGUGCGGUGCGUUUGUUCGAACAAAGUAAACGUCAACUGGCCCAAAUGUAAAUGUCGACGAUGUGUUUUUAUGAAUCGCCGUCACCACGCAACCUUCACUGCAUGUCCAUUUGUUGAGCGUUUUUGUUUCGGGUGCUUCUGGGCCGCCGCAGCAAAUGUCCUCACCUCUCGAUAAAUGGCCUUUUUUUUUUGUUUCGCUUCGGAAGCCAAACUUUUUCCCCAAGGAAAGCACACGCGCUUAGCGACACACACACACGUGCACGUUCAGCCGCUGCUGCAUUGAAUUUGGCUGAAAUGCUAACAGUGUGCGCGCGUCGCUAACGGACGCCCCUCCCCGGCAAUAGAACCAACCCGACGCUGCGGCCAACAGAGACUCUUCUUUUGACACAUAUACUGUAGACGCUAAACAGCCCUGGCCCAAUGGAAACAGUUUGUUCUUCUUUUUUUCUUAUUGUGUUCUAUUUUUUUAACGGUAUGAAAGAGGAGGGGAAAAAAAAAAACAAAUUUAAAAAGGAAAAGAAACAACAACAAAAAAAAAGGUCUUCAGGACAGGACAAUUAUUUUUCGGGGUCUUAUGUCUUUAGAAUGCGAACUUUCACAGGGCAAUUCCAAAUGUUAUUUUAUUGGAAUUCUCGUUGAUUGCAGUCUAUUGGAUAGCACUGUAGAACAUACAACUUUAUGGAUAAAAAAAAAGAAAAAAAAGAAUGAAAAAAAGUGUUUUUAUAUGCAAUGGAUUAAAUAAAAGCAUGGGUUGAUUCUGCCUAAUCUGG